CAACUUUUUGAUGAGAAGAAAACAGUAAAAGCUGAAAAUCAAACCGGUUAUACAUAGAUUAGUUCACUGUUGGAAUGGCUUCAAGCGACGAAAAUCCAGGUGCAAUGCCACCCGGCGACGGGUCAGUGCCGCCGGGGAAACCGAUGACGGUGGGGCAGCAUAUUAUCGAUAAGGGGGCUCAGAUGAUGCAGUCCCUUAAACCCAUCAAGAAGAUGAGCCAGCACGUUUGUACCUUCGCCAUUUACAGCCACGACAUGACCCGCCAGAUCCACACCCACCACUAUGUCACCCGACUCAACCAGGACUUCCUCCAGUGCGCCGUUUAUGACUCCGACGACUCCACCGCCCGCCUCAUCGG